CUCUCUCUCCCUCUCUUCCGGCCAGAGCCGUGGCUGCAGAGCAGACCUGAGGGCAAUGGGACCAUCUAGCCCCUAACCAUGGGUCCAAGCAUUCAUAGCAUAGAAGCUGAAGAGCAAGCAGCUGUGUUUAUCCAGGCCUGGUGGCGGGGCACCUUGGUGCGCAGAACCCUGCUGCACGCGGCGCUGAGAGCUUGUGUUAUUCAGUACUGGUGGAAACAGAAGCUGGCGGAGAUCCUGGAAAGCCGGCGUCAGGCAGCGCUGCAGCACUAUGCCCGGCAAGAAUGGGCAGUCGUCAAGCUGCAGUCCUGGGUCCGCAUGUGGCGCAUUCGACUUCGCUAUUGCCAGUUGCUCCACGCCGUCCGCAUCAUCCAGGUCUACUGGCGCUGGCAUAGCUGCCAUACUCGUGGCUUCAUUCAGGGACAGUAUGACCUCAAAGAAAACCUUCUGAAUGUUCAACUUGAAAUCUCUUUGGGCUCACAAGCUUGUAGAGUGCAACAAUGCAUACCCUUUCCAAUAAAGGAAUGACCAGGUCUGCCAUAUCCGUGUCCCCAGCUCUCUU